UCUAAAAACCCUGCCGCGGACUGUCCAACGGGCGAAAACCACAGCAAUGGCGAAGAGAAAGCGUAAGGAGGCCGGUGAAAUCCCUAAUGGAGUCGAUCCGAGAAAGAAGGCCGAGCCAAAGAGCGGAGGCGCCGUUAGGGAAAGCGGAAAGGAGGAACAAAAGGAGGCCGGUGAAGGAUCUCGCGGCAAAAUCCCUAAUGGAGUCGAUCCGAGGAAGAAGGCCGAGUCAAAGAACGGAGGCGCCGUAAGGAAAAGCGGAAAGGAGGAACAGAAGGAGGCCGGUGAAGGAGCUCACGGAAAAACCCCUAAUGCAGUCGAUCCGAGGAAGAAGCCCGUGUCAAAGAACGGAGGCGCUGUAAGGAAAAGCGGAAUGGAGGAACAGAAGGAGGGCUACUUCCACCUCGGCGAUCCCACCUUCGUGGACUUGGGUAACGGGAGAAUGCGCUGCGUGGAGUCUGGGCACGAGCUGCUCGCCAAGGACCAGGAAGCCUACGGCCUCUCUAAGGCCUGCCGCCUCGCCCUCAUCGAUGACGUUGUUGCUCGGCAGAUACCGCCGUUCGAUAUGCUCGAGCCGCAUCCCACCUCCAAGUCGCAGCUAGUGUGCAAGCUGACUAGAGACAACGUUAACAAGACCGAGGAGCAUAUCUGGAAGCACCUGACCGGCAAAAAAUUCCAGACAGUGUUAUCAUUGUUCAGGUUCGCCCUCGUAUAGUAGCACUUGGCGUUCAAUAGCUUAUCUGGUUAUUCUCAAGUCAAAUGAAGUCCUAGUUAUUGAAUGCGUACUCGUUUUGUGAUUGCUAGUAUGAACAAUCCAGUUUUUGUCUAUGAAAAUUGAAGAAUCAGCUAUUUUGAUC